UGCACCUCCUGCUGGCCUCUUGCCUCCUUCCCUCUACUCUUGUUGGAUUAUUUACGAUGCGUGGGUUGUCGUUGCUGCUCGACAGCUGUAGAAGCAGUCGUGCUCAGGUCUCACAUAUUCGGAAGCCUUGUCAGCACGUCUCCCGCCGGAUUGUAUCGAAAAGGGCGUACUCUGUGAAGCAACCGACGUCUUCUGGCUCGAGGGAUAGGGAAGCAGUAGGCGUGUUCACACCCAAAGCAGCCGCCCUAUUCAUCGCAACUGGUAUCGGAUUGUUUGCGUACUUCAGGUACGAGAAAGAAAGGCUACUAGAAGAACGUCAGAAGGAGCUUCAAGACCAGCAAACAGGCCGUCCUAAAGUUGGAGGACCUUUCACGCUGACUACUCAAGACGGCACACCCUUCACGGACAAGGACCUUCUUGGGAAAUGGAGUCUCAUAUACUUUGGUUUCACGAACUGUCCAGACAUCUGUCCUGAUGAGCUCGACAAAAUGGGCGCUGCGGUGGAGAAGCUAGAAAAGGACUACGGACCCAUUGUUCAACCCAUCUUUGUCUCUGUGGAUCCCGCUCGCGAUUCAGUUAAGCAAGUCAAAUUAUACGUCGAAGACUUCCAUCCCCGCCUCAUCGGUCUCACGGGAGGCUACCAGGAGGUCAAGGCGAUGUGUAAGGCAUAUCGUGUUUACUUCUCGACGCCUCCCAAUGCGAAGGCGACGGAUGACUACUUGGUCGACCAUUCAAUCUUCUUCUAUUUCAUGGACCCUAACGGAGAGUUCGUCGAUGCAUUCGGCAAGUCGACCGGUGUCGAUGAUGUUGUGGCGCGGGUCCAGAAGGAAAUUACAAAUUGGCAAAGUAGGACAGGCAAGACUGUAUAAUUACCACACUUUCAUUAGAAUGAUGGCAUUUGUACACACCACCACUCAAUAAAACAACAUCGUCAUCAUCCUAAAUACGUUGAAAGAUAGCCAGUUUCUAACUUGCUCUUGU